AUGCCCUCAAUCGAUGCUGACACGCCACUUCCCUCAACUGAGGGUAUCACGGAAACUAACUCCAGUCCCGCUUCUCACAGGCACCGCACUCCUUCCGUCUCUCUUACCCCUCCUGGCGGGACUAGGGAAGGGACUCAUGGACUCACAUCUGCCAUCCACAACAUUCGUCUCUCCGACACAAAUGAACCAAGACGCUCCAGAAAUGGCACCCCCCGACGAAGGCGUUCAAGCACCGGGGCUGCUCAGCAGCAUGACGUUGCCGACGAAGAACUCCCUGAUGAUGCAUUCCACUCCCCCGAGUUCCAAGGAGCUUUCCGAGAUGCCAAGCAGCUAAUGUCCAACAUUCAGUCUGUGCUGGGAAGCUCAAAUGUCCAUGAAGGGUCCGAGUCAACCAUGCGCAAACUCCACGAAGAGGCUGGCAAGCUCGCUGCCUUUGAGUACCCAGCAACUCGUACCGUUGGAUUCGUAGGCGACUCUGGUGUUGAGUACCAUUAUCACAACCGUGACACGCUUGACAUUCGAGUCAAUCUGUUCUCGAUGGAGGAACUUCAAGAUCAACUCCGUAGACUCCUUCAGGUUUAUCGCACAUUUGAACUUCAUCAGGAUGAGAUUACUGAUGCCGCUGAACGUCAAGACAUGGAGGCAAAUGCCAAAGUGGCCAAGGAUACGUUCCAAGCCAUGUUUCGGAGUCGACUAACUGAUGAGGCAUUCUUGAUUCGUGAAACUUAUGAGGAUGUCCUCGAUCGACUUACUCGUUGGGCAGCUGAUGCAAGGCCUUCACCCUCGAUGACUCUUCAUACAGGCCUCUCGCCGCAAGCUUGUUCCAACAAAUUGAUGGAGCUCUCUUCCGAGCCGGCAACAAGAGAUUCUCCAGCGACGUGGCCCUACAUCCGAAGCAUCAACCGAGGCUUGAUCCUCGUGGAUCUACCCGGCCUUCGCGAUCUCAACUCUGCUCGAAGGAUCAUCACCGAACGUUAUCUCCUGGAGUGCAACGAGAUCUUUGCAAUCUGCAACAUUGGGCGUGCGGCUACUGACGAGGGUGUUCAUCAAGUUUUUGACCUGGCGGACCGUGCUCAUCUGUCGAAUGUCGGCAUUGUUUGUACUCGUUCUGAUGAUAUCGACCCUGAGGAGUCAAUCCGAGAUUGGCCAGGCACAAGGGCAAGGCGUAUUGAGCAGCUGCUGGAGUAUAUGGAAGCGGCUACCAAGGAAAUCGACGAACUACAGGUAGAUAUUGAUGACUAUGAAGCGAGUGAUCUAUCCGAACAAGAAAGACAGGAACUUGCGGAAUGCCGGGAAGAUCAACGACAAGCAAGCACCCGCAAACAAAACUACGAGUUUGAACUCAAACAAUACCUGAUCACAAACCGCAAUCGGAUCAUCACCAACUCACUCAACACCACCUACGCCGACCGUGUGACACGAGUCUUUUGCGUUAGCAACACAAUCUACUGGCAAAACAGAACUGCCAAAAAGUCAGAGGCCAAACGACAUCUCGACCUCAGUGGCAUCUUGCAGGUCCGAAAACACUGCAUCUCGAUUGUCGCAAACAGUCAACGACGCAUCGCCACACAAUACAUGAAAGACCAGAUCCCUGCGUUGCUUGCUGACAUUGAGCUCUGGGUGCAAUCUGGUGCUCGUACUGCCAGCGAGGAACGUCGCGAGGCACUCUGCCAAACUCUCGACAGUGUUGAGCGUCGUCUGAGGAAGGACUUUGCAUCGCGCGCUUUUAGUCGUCUAGCAAGAGGAUACAAUGAAGACUUUACAGAAUACAUUUGGAACAUCGGAUCACGGAACUGGAAUGAGGAGGCUAUGGAUGAUAUGGUUACUGAUCUUGAAGGGCCCUGGGAGGGGAUGUGUGGCGCUAUACAGGAACGACAGUCGAGUAUGCUUGAGAAUGCGGACGAAUUCGCAGACAUGGCUAUUGAGAGACUUGAGGAGCAUAAUUCCAUCGAUUCUUUGACUCGAGCUCUUGAAAAUCGGCAGAGUAUGUUCCUGGCUGCCAUCGAAAACGUCAAUGAUGACUUUGAGAACAACCUCCGGAUCCUCCGCAUCGAGUCACUUUCCGUCCUUAGAAGUUCACUCUGGGGGAAAUCCAUGGAACCAUUCUACAACAAAUGCAACGCCGAAUCCGGCCGGGGAAGUGAUGCUCGUCGAAAGGCAAUCAUUAGAGGGGCUUUGAGCGACGAAGAUUUGUUCACCAAACUCAUGCAAACCCUCAAAGAUAGUUUCCGAGCCAUUUCAGAGGCUACUGAGGUAAAGAUACAGGAAGCGACCGUGGAGUAUUUGCGCGUUAUUGAGCAACGGUUUGAUCUUGUGCGGAGCGAGAACGUCGCUCGGGAAAGCGAGCAGGAUCCAGACUUUCGACUUCGGGUCGAGCAAGUUGCGCGAGCUGGAAGGGAGACUAUGCAGAGGGUUCACCAAGUUAUCUGA